AUGCCGACUACCGCAAACAGUGAGGAUAUUGUACAGGGAUAUGUGGAGAAGCUGGUCUCAGUGGAGGGUCAAAAGCCGUUGACUGAAUGGCGGCGCUUUGCGGCUCUCGUGGCUGGCUCAUUUGCUGCUAUCUGCGCUUCAACUGCGGCCUCGUUCAAUUUAUUUAGCGGCGCUUUGCAGCAAAAAUAUUCUUUUCGGCAAAGAGACAUUUCUGCAAUCAACACGGUAGGGAUGGUCUUUUGCUUUUUUCUUCUUCCUUACGGCGUCAUAUAUGACCACUUUGGUCCCCGCCCCAUCUAUGUGUUGGCGUGUGUGCUUCUUGCGACUGGCGCCUUGCUUUUUGGUCUCUCAUUUGGCGACCAUAUCGAGGGGUCGACGGUGCGUUUUUGUGUUUACAAUGCCAUGCUGAGUCUUGGCAGCGAGCUUCUAGAUAUGGCGUGUGGGCUAACUUUACUGAGUAUUUUCCCGACCAACCGUGGUGGGGUGGUGGCGUUCUUGAAGACGUUGUUGGGACUGGGCUCCGCCAUCUUGGGCUCGUUUUACCUUGGCUUUUUCAAUGGCCAUCCGGACCAUUACUUCUAUUUUAUAAUUGUCGUUGUGCUCUGUGUCUGUUCGGUGGUGGUUCCUGUCGUGCGACUUCCGUCGUACCACUUGACUGGCUAUGAGCAGAGGCACUUGGACGCCGAGGAAAAAGAGCGACGGCUGGCACGCAAAUCCGUUUAUCUGCGUCAGAAGGCCCCUUUUUGGCGCUUUUUGUAUGGCCUUGUGAUUGUCUUUGUGCUUAUAGUUUACCUACCAACGCAAAGUGCUCUUGUGGCCUACCUAAAGCUUGAUCGCACGUACCAAUUGAGUUUUGCGAUUGUGGCAGCCGUCAUGACUCUUAUGCUUCCACUUAUGGCAGUGCCAUGCGGUUACCUUGAGCGGAAGCAAAUGGAUAACGAGGGAGCAUUAGAGCCAAGGAAGCAAGAUGAGACGAGAAGCACGGAAGGCACUCUGCCGAACAGAGACGAUGCAGAGGGAAAGGAGGAGGAGAAACGCACUUCAUUGGAGGAGGGAAGGUUAAAGACUCCAGUGGAGACGGAUAUUGACUACAUUGCCCCACAGUACCAGACCACUUUUAUGCAAAGCAUUUGCACAUUGAAAUUAUGGGCCUUUUUUUGGACUUUUUUCUGUGGUGUUGGCUCGGAGUUUGUGAUAAUAUACAAUGCUCGUUUCAUUCUUGGUGCUAUUUCUGGGGAACGUGUUGAUGAUGCCAUGGGAGCACUUCUCACAGUGCUGAACGGGGUGGGAAGUGCGGCGGGUCGGCUACUGAUGAGCUACUUCGAGGUCUGGUCGCAGAAACGCAAGGCCGAGGACAGAAUCCCCAUUACAAUCUCUCUUUUUGUACCAACUAUGUGCAUUAUACUUUCACUACUGCUAUUUCUUGUAUUACCUGUGAAUGCGUUGUUGGUGGCAUUUGCUAUUGCGGCUCUGGGGAAUGGUUUUUGUGCUUCAGUCUCUAUCCUUGUCGUGCGCACCAUUUAUGCAAAAGACCCUGCGAAGCACUAUAAUUUUGCACUCAACUCCUUGUGGCUGGCCGCCAUAAUAUUGAACCGUUUCCUAUACGGUGAGUGGUAUGCGCGGGAGGCGGAGCGUCACGGUGAAAUCUUGUGCUACGGAAAGAGUUGCGUCCUUAUGCCAAUGCUUGUGAUGUUGGGCUUGAACGUGACAGGCAUGAUCUCAACUAUAUAUGUGCACCUUAUGUAUUCUCGCUUCUCACGGAUGGUAGUCGCCGAGCGCCGCCUUUUGAGAAUGGAUUCCGUGGAGCCGCUUGGAGGUGAGAUGACCGAGGUGGAAGAGCCGAGGAAAUCUUGA